UUAAUCAAUAAUCUUUAAAAUUAGUCAUGAAAACUAGCAUUUGACCUUAUACCCAGAACUAGAAGUACACAGACCAGACAGGAAUACAACAAAACUGGCUUCAUCUGAUCUAUAAACUUAGAAAGAAUUAAUUUUUUCUUUCUUAUGGUAAACAUGCACGUUUACUGGAAAACAUUUAGAAAAUAUUCAUUAAUGCUCUUUUAGUACAUUCCAUCCUAAACCAACGUUUUCCCAUAACAUUUUCACUCUGUAACAUCUAAUAUAUUUAUAACACACUUUGAUGAAAUACAAUUUACAUGAAACAAAAGUAGAGAAACAGUAAAAUCUGUGGAGAGUAGCCAGCUAGGACAUUCAUGAGGAAAUACUAUGCCAAAUAAUAGUCAUGUUUCAUCUUGUUAACUUUGCUGUGAAAGUUUUUAAACCAAUGUAGAUAGAGAAUAUUUUGGUUCUGGAUGUGACUGGAAUUAUUAGCUUCAAUUAAGUAAGAAGAUUCGAUUCAGAAGAGAUCUCAUGGAUCUAAAUUUCAUGUUAAGCUACUGUAUUAUUGUUUAAGGAAACUGGAGUCUGCCAAGGUUAAGUGACUUACCCCAAAUUACUGCCAUCUGGCAGGAAUAAACUAAUUUAAAUAGAUUUCCCCCCAAAAAAAAGAAAAGAAGAAACUUUGCAGAUCCUCCAUUUUAACCAUAUUACCCAACUCUCAUCAGAUUUUUUUUUAAAGUUAGGACAGGCAGUAGCCUAGGUUUUAUUUCUAGUGGGAAAUAAAAACAAAGUAAGACAAAAAUAUCUUUAUUUGAUAUCAUAAUUUGGUGUUUGACAAUAAUUGCUUUGAAAUGGAAAAUUUUCCAUAAAACUUUGAGGAAACCAGAGUUUUGAGUUGUGCAAAUUAGUAAGAAAUAGUCCGGGGUGGACAUUUGGCACGGUGGUUAAAACACUACUUGAGAGGCCUAAAUCCCACAUUAGCGUGCCUGGGCUGGAAUCCCAGCUCCACUUCUGAUUCCAGAUUCCUGCUAAUGUGCACCUUGGAAUACUAUAGGUGAUGGGUCUAGUUGCUUGAGUCCUUGCCUCUGGGAGACCUGGGUUGAGUUCCUAGCUGCCAGCUUUGGCCUGGCCUCGCCUUGGCUGUUGAGAGCAUUCGGUGAGUGAACCCAUGAAAGAGAGUGAGCUUUUUCUGUGGCUCUCAUAGAUGGAUAAAUUUAAAAAUUAGUCCCCUGAGGCGAACACCACGGAAUGUGUACAGCCGCAUUGCUUGGCUCUGGCUGUACAUUCCGAGCUGAGAGACUGCAGACCGCGGAGCCGCGCUGUGGCACCGUGGUGUCCCAGCAGUUGCUUGGUGUGUUUUUGUGCUCCAGAAGCGCUAGUCGCCUCGAGGAUGAGGAUUGGUGGCCUUCAAAGGAGUCCUCCGUCAGGUGCGAGAAUGGGAUUGAGGCCCAAUUCGGCUACCGCAUCCGAGGCAAGGACCUCCGGAAGCUCCACAAGGCCGCCAGCAAGGGGGACGUAGCCAGGGUCCAGCACCUCCUCUUGCUGAAGAAAAGCAGCGUGAAUGACCGCGACAGGAAGAAUAGGACUGCCCUGCACUUGGCAUGCGCCGACGGUCAUUCAGAAGUGGUGACGCUGCUUCUUGAGAGAAAAUGCGUGAUCAAUGUCCCUGACGAUGACAACAUGACACCUCUGAUGAAGGCUGUUCAGAGUGCAAGAAUUCUACUCGAUCACGGGGCUGGUGCAAAUGUUAUAGAUGACAACGGCAACACAGCCCUCCACUAUGCAGCCUACUGUGAGAAUGCUGGAAUAGCAAAAUAAUUACUCUUACACAGUACCAAUGUUGAAGUGAGGAACAAGGAUGGCUUCACACCACUAUUACUUGCAAUAU